AUGACAAUGGAAGAUCGCACGGGUGGCAUCGAUCGUGCCACCCCCGCGACCUCGACGCCGGCCACGACGGUACUGACGUCGGCAUGCCCUUCGUCCAUCAGCGACGUUACGCCUGAUGCUUCGUACCCCCUUCAACGAGCUAGCAAGCGCUCCUUCGAUGUCGCUUUCCUCGUGGCACCCGACGAGAACCUGGCGCGUCGACAAAACGAAAAAUUGCGACUGGUAACCGGCCGGAAAGACCGUCUACGAGACGAUAUCUCCAUUGAUAACGUUCUGGAUACUGACAGGUUGCCGCAGAAUCUUACCAUCAAGCACUACGACAACGAUUCCGGCGGUUCAGACCGAAGAAGAUUGCUGCAUUGUACGGAGAAUUCGCUAAGUCCACCGUACGUAUCGCCUAGAACCUUGACGCCAACUUUGCCAGGACUCUCCCCAAAUUCUGACGGAAGGAGAUACGCGCCGACUGGUGGUCGACUUCAAAAGACUCCGAGUCCGCCUACAUUUGUUGGCCAUCAUCAGUCUAUGCUCACUUGUCCUGAAUCGACGGAUUCUUCGAUCUUAGCCUGUACGAAGGUUUACGAAACUGGCAUCUCUUGCGUAACUGAUCGUCAUGGAGAAUCCCGUAGUGCCUUCACGAAGGUAAAUCUAGUCGGACAACGGAAUGGUUUCAACGAUGACAGCCAAACAUCGCCGAGGUCGUCGAUAUCUCCGGAUGAUCGCGCAAGUUAUCAGAGCAGCGUCAGUCCGCCGGUGGUAUCGUUGCCCAGUGUAACGAGCUACAAAUAUGCACCGUUCCCUACCAAGAUGGCGUAUCCCUUUUUGACUAUGGGAGCAGAGACUGGUCAGUCGGGGCUAUUAGAGAACUUGAAAAUCCCGCAGAUCGCUCAACCGCCCAAGGUGCCUAGUCCAAAGGUACCCGCUUUCCGACCGGAUCUUCCGCCAGUCUAUCCCAAUCUUCCCUAUAAUCCUAUCUCUGUAUUUCCACCGAUGGCGGAUGCUCUCGCCAGGCCGAGAUUUCUGGCUACGGCGGCCGGCCUUUUACCACCGUCGUUUGCCGCCUUGACUUUACCGGCGCAGAACGUCUGCGCCAAGUGCAACCUGUCGUUCCGUAUGACUUCCGACUUAGUCUAUCACAUGCGCUCUCACCACAAGAGUGAGAGUUCGAGCGAGACGGCGAGGAGGAGAAGAGAGGAAAAGCUCAGAUGUCCCGUUUGCGAUGAGAGCUUUCGCGAGAGGCAUCAUCUUACUAGACAUAUGACUGCCCAUCAAGAUAAGGAGAGCGAUGGUAUCGUUGACCAGGUCGAAAUCAAGAGGAGGACUACUACUGUUCACAGUAAGUGA